AUCUACCAUCAUCAACUCAGCCCUGCUCCAGAGGAGGGAACAGCAUUGACCUGAGCUCAACACAGUGGAAUCAUGACCCUAGCAGCGUACAGAGAGAAGUUGAAAGAGCUCCCCCUAGUGUCUCUGUUCUGCUCCUGCAUCGACCCUCAGACCAUCGACUGUAAACCCACAUACAAAGCAGAAGAUGCGGUGGAUCUGGGCUGGUGUGUGAUAAAGGACGUAGAGGUGAUAGAGUUGAACAAGCAUGCGUCGGGCCAGGCCUUCGAGGUCAUCCUGAAGCCUCCGUCAUUUGAUGGCGUCCCAGAGUUCAACGUUACCAUGCCCCAACGCAGAGAACUCUCCAUGGAGGAGAUCCAGAAGAAACUAGAGGCUGCAGAGGAGAGGAGGAAGUGCCAGGAGGCUGAGUUGCUGAAGCACCUGGCAGAGAAGAGAGAGCAUGAGAGAGAGGUGAUUCAGAAGGCCUUUGAGGAGAAUAACAACUUCAUCAAGAACGCCAAGGAGAAGCUGGAGCAGAAGAUGGAGGCCAACAAGGAGAACAGAGAGGCUCUACUGGCGGCCAUGUUGGAACGACUGCAGGAGAAGGACAAACAUGCAGAAGAGGUGAGGAAAAAGGUACUAGCUUUGGCAGAUGCGGUGGAUCUGGGCUGGUGUGUGAUAAAGGACGUGGAGGUGAUAGAGUUGAACAAGCGUUCUUCGGGCCAGGCCUUCGAGGUCAUCCUGAAGCCUCCGUCGUUCGAUGGCAUCCCAGAGUUCAACGCUACCAUGCCCCAACACAGAGAACUCUCCAUGGAGGAGAUCCAGAAGAAACUAGAGGCUGCAGAGGAGAGGAGGAAGUGCCAGGAGGCUGAGCUGCUGAAGCACCUGGCAGAGAAGAGAGAGCACGAGAGAGAGGUGAUUCAGAAGGCCUUUGAGGAGAACAACAACUUCAUCAAGAACGCCAAGGAGAAGCUGGAGCAGAAGAUGGAAGCCAACAAGGAGAACAGAGAGGCUCUACUGGCGGCCAUGUUGGAACGACUGCAGGAGAAGAAUAAACACAGCGAAGAGGUGAGGAAGAAAAAAAGACCUGAAGGAGGAAGCCAGCUGGAAGACGAGUGGAGCGAGGGAGCGAGGGAGCGAGGGAGCGAGGGAGCGAGAGAGCGAGGGAGCGAGGGAGCCAGGGAGCGAGGGAGCGAGGGAGCGAGGGAGCGAGGGAGUGGGUUUUGUGAGUCAAUAAAAAAAUAGACCUGAAAACAAGCCAAUCUAUAACUAUAAACACAGGAGUCAAUGUUCAUGUUAAUGUAUACGGUAACGAAUUGGAACAAGUGUACAAAACUAAACAGGGAUUCCAAAACACACAACAAAAACAUUGUGAUGAAAUAAAAGAGACAAGGACGUGUCUUGCUGGCAAUGUAAGGUGCACCAGAGUGUGAGUGGAUCUGGGUGUGAGUGGAUGUUUUAAUGACUAUGUUAAUUAUGUGGGGACAGGCAGAGUGAAUCUGGUGUUUGUGGUGGAACACAGUGGAGUGGUAGGCUAUCAAUAUGGUGCCUCAGUCAGCGCCGAAACAUACAGUACCACACCCUCAGAGCCCACUAUCCCAGAGCUGACUGAACACACCCUCAGAGCCCACUAUCCCAGAGCUGACUGAACACACCCUCAGAGCCCACUAUCCCAGAGCUGGCUGAACACACCCUCAGAGCCCACCCUCAGAGCCCACUAUCCCAGAGCUGGCUGAACACACCCUCAGAGCCCACUAUCCCAGAGCUGGUUGAACACACCCUUAGAGCCCACUAUCCCACUAGCUGACUGAACACACCCUCCGAGCCCACUAUCCCAGAGCUGGCUGAACACACCCUCAGAGCC